AGAGAUCCAUAGUCUAUCUCAAUAAACAUCCGCUUUUCAGGAAGACGCACACAAAACAAUGGCUUCUACUUAUGGGGACCUCCGUCACUUGCUUCCUAGCAGCUACAAACGCCUGAUUACCUCCUGGCUCGAAGAGGACUGUCCCAGUUUUGACUAUGGCGGUUUCGUCGUUGGGGAGUCAGACGGCGAGGCAAGGUUGUUGGGGAAAGCUAAGGGAGUCGUGGCAGGCGUCCCCUUCGUCGAUGAGGUUUUCGCCCAGUUAGGAUGCACCGUCGAAUGGCACGUCCAAGAAGGCGAGCCUAUCGAACCCAUCAAACAUUGCGCCACCGUGCGCGGGCCCAUCCGCAAGAUCCUCCUCGGAGAACGUGUCGCCCUCAAUAUCCUCGCCCGGUGCUCCGGUAUCGCAACAAAAAGUGCCUCGUUAGUAGCUGCUCUCCGCGCCCACGGAUGGGGUGGAACACUUGCCGGCACCCGUAAAACCACGCCUGGAUUCCGCGUCGUUGAAAAGUAUGGAAUCCUUGUUGGAGGCGCCGAUCCACACCGCCAUGACCUCAGUUCGAUGACAAUGCUGAAGGAUAACCACGUCUGGGCUUGUGCAAAUAACAGUGCGGCUAAGGAUGGGGCGGGUCCUGCUUCGACCGAGUCCGUCGCGGCUGCUAUACCUCGGGCGGUUCAUGCAGCUAAGGUGGCUGGUGGCUUUGCGACUAAGGUAGAGGUUGAAUGCCGAAGUGUCGAGGAGGCGAAUGCGGCUAUUGAGGCCGGGGCGGAUGUGAUCAUGUUGGAUAAUUUCACUCCGGAUGGUGUUCGCGAAGCAGCUAAGCAACUUAAGCAAGAUUGGGCCGGCAAGAAGCAAUCCUUCCUCAUUGAAGUAAGUGGUGGGUUGAACGAGUCCAACGCUGCUUCAUAUGCCUGCUCGGACGUCGACAUUAUUUCCACUAGCUCGAUUCACCAGGGUGUCGGAAUUGUGGACUUCUCUCUCAAGGUUUCGCUGCGGUGAACACCGUGAUUGAGGUUUGGACACGCGGUAAGUAAAAUAGCUGAUUGACGACGCCAUGUGUAGAUGUGAAUAGAUAAAACCAUGUAUUUAUGUACUUUGUCCGCACGUUCCCACUUGACCAAAAGCCAACACUGGCGGUUGGUCUAGCCUUCCAUGUGAUACAAUAUACCCGAUACACACAGACACAAUGCUUGUACCUAUCCGCCCUACUAUGCAAGGCAC